AUGUCAAGCACUCAGGGGGCAAAGCCUGAUAUUGACCGCUACUUGGUUAUUCAUGUUGGUACUACUUGCGACGAACACGGCGUCUACGUGACCAAAGACUCCGCCGAGGUCAUCGAGAUUGGUUGGCUUUUGCUAGACGCCAAGAAUUGUGAGGAGAUUCAUCGAGAGAGUGUCCUUGUCAAGCCUGUCAACACUCCCAUUACUCCGCUUUGCACGAGCCUGACCACUCUCACCUGGGAGCAUGUACGGACAGCAGGCACCUUCCGAGAUGCCAUCAACCGCUUUGACGCAUUUGCUUCCGAGCAUCUGACCUCCAAGAGCCUCGAAUUCGCUUUCGUUACCCUCGACUCAUGGGAUCUUCGCGUGCAGCUUCCCCGCGAGGCGCGAGACAAGGCUGUUGUGCUUCCUGCCUACCUCCAACACUCUCGCACCUUUGAUCUACGUACCGAGUAUCAACGCUGGCAGCAACACCACCCCGAGUCUCUGCCUUUUGGCCCAAGCUCUCUGGCAAACAUCUGUGCAGCGUUGGAGGUCGAGCCUGUACAAUCUUCCGCCCCGAUCAAGCACAACCUUCCAUUCCAUCUGCAAGCUCUUGCGCCAGCUUCUCCUCGUCGCGCCAUGGAAGAAGCGGUGACUCUAGCUAGGGUAUUGCGUGGGCUCAUCAGAAAGUCUCAGCCACCUCACGAGCAUCCCGACGUACUGAGCCGGCCGAUGGACGCAAGGGCCGACGUUCGUGCAUUUCUCUCGGAGCGAAGUAAGGUACUACACAUGAGCGGACUGCCCCACGACACUACUCAGUCCGAGCUUGAGAGCUGGUUUACCCAGUUCGGCGGUCGUCCGAUUGCCUUCUGGACUUUACGUACGCCAGACCAGCACAAGCCUACUGGAUCGGGGUUCGCUGUUUUCUCUUCGCACGAGGAGGCUGCAGAGAGUCUCUGCAUGAAUGGGCGUGCUCUCAAUGAGAAAGCAAUUGAGGUCUCGCCUUCAUCAAGCCGUGUACUUGAUCGUGCCGCCGAAAUCCUGACGCCGUUCCCUCCAAGCAAGAAUCGACCUCGACCUGGAGACUGGACUUGCCCUUCAUGCGGCUUUUCGAACUUUCAGCGUCGUACAGCAUGCUUCCGCUGCUCCUACCCCGCUGCAGGACCUGGCGGCGAUCCAAUGGGUUACUCAAACUAUGGCUAUGGUCCUCCUCACAUGAUGCCCCCUCAACAACACAUGGGACAUCACGGUGGACAUGGCAUGGGCCACGGACGUGGUGGAGGGGGUGGCAUGGUUCCAUUUCGAGCUGGCGAUUGGAAAUGUGGUUCUGAAGGCUGUGGAUAUCACAAUUUUGCCAAGAAUGUCAGUUGCCUCCGCUGCGGUGCUAGCCGUGCUGGGGCGGCAGUUGUAGCAGAUUCAGCAUUCCCAUCUCCGCUUGAGCCACCAUCGGGAUAUGGCAUGGGUCCGCCUUCGAUGGCUGGUACCCCGGGACCAGGUCCCUUCGCUGGUGCCUCGGGCGGCUUCGGCUCCGGCGGCUUUGGCGGCCAGCAGUACGGCGGGCCACCUAGUCAAUACGCUCUACCCUCCGGCCUCGGUGCUCCGACUGGUGCCUAUCCUCCUAUGGGCGCUGGAUACGGCCAAGGGCAGUCCGGUGGGCCGUUCGACAGUAGGGCUGCCGAAGCCGCUUUUACAUCUGCUGGCACUGGCCCUUCUCCUUCUACCGGUGCUCAAAACGGAUCAUCAGCUUACAGCGGUACUGCCACAUAUGGCGGUAUAGACGGGGGCUCUGAUCCUUUUGCGUUCCUCUCGUCCGGUCUCGGAGGAUUGUCGAUGAACGACGACUCCCGGAGGAACGGCGCCAACUCGAACAAAUCACCUGUUUAA